UCUGCUGCAGCUGGUGUCCCUGCAGAAUGCGUCUGGCAGCUGGAUGCUUCAUGAAGCUCUGGCUGCUGUGCUGGGAAAAACCAAAGAGGAGGUGGAAAAGGCAAAACCAGAAUUGGUCAACAAUGAAGUGUGGGCCUCCAUUCUGGCUCUGAUUUGGCUUCAUGGUUUUAAGAUGGAUGCAAAGGAGGAGUGGGAGCUUCUGGCUAUGAAGGCGGCAUCAUGGAUUAAAUCUCAGAACGCUCCAUGUGUGUCAGAGUGCGUUGAAGCUGGAAAUAAACUGUUGGGUUGCAGCAUGAAGAAAGAAGCUCUGGGGCUCUGAGGUUUUCUGUGAACAGGCUUCAGCUCUACUAUGAAAGCAGCUGAGUGGAGAAAGGAAAACACUGAAGUUAAUGAUGACCAAGAAGAAGAUGUUUAUUGUAGAUUAUAGAUGUGUUUAUUCCAAGUCUAGGAUUUUUUUUCCUUUUUACAACAUUUAAUCAUGCAUAUGUCAGCAUGGCUUGUAAUAUUUGCACUCUAUGCAUAAAACAGAAGUCAUGGAGCAUAGAAAUGCUUUUUGUUUACUACAAUCAACAUAUUUGCAAUUUAACAAGUCUUAUUAAAACUAUAUAUAUAUAUAUAUAUAUAUAUAUAUAUAUAUAUAUAUAUAUAUAUAUAUAUUUGUAAGAAUUAAAUGAGUAAUAGAAAAUAACAGCAGACCAGAAAAUAUUCACCCUUCAGUUUUUUAAGAGAUUCUCUAAAUCCCUUCUUAGUCAAUCUGGCCCUUAGACCUGUCGACCAUUUUCUCACACUUCUUUGACAUAAACCUUUAAACUGUAUUUAACUCAUUAUCCAACCAAACAUUGUGGUAUCUGUGCAUAUUCAAGGUUUCUGUGAAGAAUUGUUUGUGAAGAGCUGUUUGGGACUCAUUCUAUUGUUCUUUACUGUAUAUGUUCCUAAGAAGCAUUCCUAUAACUUCACAGUGUAAGAGACUUAUUCUCCAAUAAAUAUGAAAUGCACCAAUCACAGAAAAAUGGACCCGAAAUAAUUAUUUCCCAAUAAAUGCAUGGUUUAUAUAAAAAAAGAAGCAUCUAAGUAACUGAUUAUUAUGUAAACUACAAACAUUUGUAUUUGUUCAUUGUAGGGGGUUUUAGCUAGAAAAUACGUUACAUUUAAUGUCAAUCUUUUCGACUGUUUAUUUCUUUUACACAAUGUACAACACUUUAUUAAAUUAUUAAAAGGAAAGAUUCUGUACCACAUGUCAAAAAAUUCAAAUUUUAUCUCACAGUCCCUGUACAGGUUGAUGGUAAUUAAGUACGACUUAACAGAUUAUGAAUUGGUGAAAAGCUGGUAUAACCUGUAUAAUGAUUAAUUAAAUACAUGUCCAUUAAUUCAGUGUCUCACUUAUCACUAAAACCAAGCAUACCAUUCAAACUAGAACCCUACUGAUAGUUUAUGGAACCAUUUUUUUUGGCCUUCAUCAUUGAGUGCAAAGUUGCUUCAUUAAUAGCCAAUUUAUUCUAAAUGUGCAAAGAGGUCACUCUUGUGAUAAGUCAUUUCAUCUUUCCGUCAGAUUUAUUUCGGAUCUUUGGCUCCUUCAAACCUGAAUUUUCUUGUCAUGAAGUUCACCCGUCGUGAAUUUGACAAAUGCUUUUACUCGCAUGCUAAAAAAUAAAUUCCUCUUUAGAUCUC